CGGAAUGUUUUUAUAGUGAAUUGUAAUAGUAAACUCAGAAGCUCAACUAGAAUCCGUUCUCGAAGCUGUGCAGCUGCCAAAUAUGAGCAGCUUAGAUCCGUAAAUGUUACGUGGGUGCUCAUAACUGUCUGUGUGUCAACCCAUUUCGGCAUUAUUUGUUGGCGCUGUUGUCGUUGAGCCGCAGAAAUCGAGCAUGAAAAAAAGAAACUCUCGAGUCAUCCACCCCCCAGAGCCGAUGGCAUUUCCCAAGUGAUCUCGACUCUGACGAAGGGCUGUCGGAGACCACGAAUCCGUAUAAAGGUCUAAGCCAGCCAUGAGCGCGGCUCAGUUGGCAGAGCAGCGUGCGUGAGCCUCUUUGUCGGGUCGUUCGUGUACAUAACGAUUGCAUACUUCAGUUGAUUUACACUUGAAUAAGAGUUAAUGUACGUCUGUGCACAGUUGUCAUUAUAAUUGCGCAGAAUGCAUUUUCCGGCAAUUGGCGACUUCUAUCAGCGACUUCUGUUUCUGCUGCCCUUCUCAGCGAAUUUACUGCCAGAAGGGCUACGCUUCAGCUAUGAUGAUCCCCAAAGCUGGCGACUUAGUUAUCCACAAUGUGGGGGUAACUACCAAUCGCCCAUCUCAUUGAGUCUCCACAAGGCAAUACCCAUUGGCUUGCCUCCAUUGCACUUUGGUCAUUAUGAUCAGCCCUUCGAUGAGCUCUUGAGUGUGAGAAAUAAUGGACAUACAGUUGAGUUCAGGGUGCCCACAACCGUGCUGGGUGAACGUCCUUUUCUCACUGGCGGACUACUGCGGGACUUCUACGAGGCGAGGGCUGUGCAUUUUCAUUGGGGCUCGUCUCAACGUAAGGGCUCUGAGCAUUUGCUCAACGGGCGGCGCUACGAUCUGGAAAUGCAUAUUGUGCAUCGCAAUACAAGAUACCAGAGCGAUGAGGAGGCCAGAAACCAAACCGAUGGCCUGGCCGUACUCGCGGUGCUCUUCAAGGUGGUGCGGACCAGCUAUCUGUUUUAUCAGCCCGGCCUUAACGAGAUCUUUGGCUCGCUGCUGCACCUGGGCGACUUUAAUAGCAGCUACACCCCGCCUGCUUUUCUUACGCUCGGAUCGCUGCUUGGCAACCUGGAUAGAGGCAAUUUUUAUGCCUACAUGGGAUCGCUGACCACGCCCCCAUGUUCGCCAGCUGUGGUGUGGCACGUGUUUGCCGAGGUGCUGCCCAUUUCGCACCUGGAACUGCCGAAGUUUUGGCAACUCAGAGAUCGCCGUGGCCGGCCGCUGUUGAACACGUUUCGACCACUGCAGUCGGUGGAGGCGCGUCAGGUGUUCCAUCGUCGAGCUUCCGAUGCAUAUGUGUUCGCCAAUGGUUACUUGCAGCCACCUCUGUAACGUGACAAAAAAGCCGCAAAAAAUCCGAGUUCUA